AGACAAUCAGUGGAGGGAGCUAAAGAUUAGAGUGAUGGCAGGGGGGCUUCCAACUUCAGACUGUCACUGACGCUGAGGUGAUCGCCUUGGGCCUGACGUCACUGCUGGAUUACUCUUUGAUUAUUCUUUCCCCGGCGGCUCUAUUUGCCUCUGACGCUGUCGUUAGAACUGGGUCAGCUCAGCAUUAGGUGGCGGUGAAGGCUGCAGCCUAGAUGCUGGUUCAGUAAUUAGGUUGUCAGUGCCUGACUGUAGUGUAGAGUCAGACCGUCUCAUUCAAUCUACAGAACCUAAGGAUAUAAAAAAAAACAACCACAACUAAGCUGUCUGACAUAAUAAUAUGGCAGAGGCCUUAGAAGUCAGCUCCACGGAGGACGGUCUGCCUGCGGAGUGGAAACCUUCCAGUCGACGCAGUAGGAAGUCGGGCUGCUCCAACAUCUUCUCAGGGGUGAACCUGCAUCAGCUGCACAGGCUGUUCAGAACGGCGGGGGACAGAAACGCGGAACAUCGGGCGAAGCUGGUGUGGCAGGACGUGGAAGCAAAUCCGGAAGGAGCAGAGGAGGGAAAGCAGACUGAGGAGGAGCAGGUAGAGGAUGAAGUGGACCUGGCCCAGGCCUUGGUGGGGCUGAGAGUUCGAGCCAGGAAUAAGACCGGAAUCAGAGCGGAAGGACACAGUAAACACAAGUGGCUCAGAACUGCGGGGUAUCUCAGGGUUGAGGAGCCAUUAGCCGUCUACUCUGUCGAAGGUAAUGCUGAUCAGUCAGAAAGUCUGGAGACAUUUAAACUGCCAGCAGAGGAAGACAUUACAGGGAAUCAAAAUCCUGUCAAGCCAACAUCAUGGAGGUUGGGCAUUAGGAUGGAGAGUGCCAGAGAUUCUGAACGCUACCUUCACCGCAUCCUCCACUGAAAACAAUCCCUAACAAUCCCUAGAAGACGGAAGGACAGUAAUAAGUGAAAACCCUGUUUCUGCAUUGAUGGAAAUGUGUUAUGUUGUGUAUUACAAUAGGUAAAUCUCUUCUGUGUUGCUGUAUCUGCUAAAAACAGAUUAUAGGUGCACUAUCAUGUCAAACUAUGUGUGUUUAAAACAAGAGGUUGUGUGGGGCAAUAAUAGUAUUCCACAACUGCAUAUAGUUGGAUGUGGAAUUUCUUUUAGAUAAAUGUAAUAAACAUUUGAGCUUGUAAAGACGUAAAAUUACGAUGUCCUUUAAAAUAUUACAAAGAUUUCAGUCCAUAAUGACUUCUGAU